CCGGAGAACUACGUCCUUCUGAGCUCACUUCCGCCGGCUUGAGUAGGAUCACUAUUCUACCCGUCUCUCACAGCUUUUGUUCUCCCAUUUCCAUCCAGUCAGCGCUGCUGAGAAGAGGGAACCAGCCAGCUGGGGAGAGCAUCACUGACUCCAAGUACAGCGGACCCGUCCGUCGCAGAAACGCCCGGUAGCCACAUGCAAAGCGCCGUCCGCACAGAGGAUACGCGGCACUCCGUAGUUACAUAACUGGACUACUUCUUUUUCUAUUAUUGUUGGGCUUUUUUCACGCUUUUUUUUUUUGUUGCACCGAAACUGACUCCCCCCUCCUGUCUAAACUCAAAAUGGAGAACGACGAAAAAUAUCUCCCCGAGCUGCUGGCGGAGAAGGACAGCCUGGACUCGUCGUUUACGCACGCCAUGAAACUUUUAAACGCAGAAAUUGAUAGAAUCCAGAAAGGCGAGACUAAAAAGGAGGCAGAAGCAUACCUGGACCUUUUCACAACAAAGAACAUCAAACUUAAGGAACGAGUGCUCAUACCUGUCAAACAGUACCCGAAGUUCAAUUUCGUGGGGAAGAUUUUGGGACCUCAGGGCAAUACAAUCAAGCGUCUGCAGGAAGAGACCGGAGCCAAGAUCUCUGUGCUGGGCAAAGGAUCCAUGAGAGACAAAUCCAAGGAGGAGGGGCUGAGGAAAGGCGGAGAGCCCAAGUACGCCCACUUGUCCAUGGAGCUGCACGUAUUCAUCGAGGUGUUUGCCCCCGUGCCGGAGGCCUACUUGCGCAUGGCACACGCCAUGGAGGAAGUCAAGAAGUUCCUGUUUCCUGAUAUGAUGGAUGAUAUCUGCCAAGAGCAGUUCAUGGAGAUGAGCUACCUGAACGGAGGCCAGGAGCAUGGAGCCAGAGUCCGAGGGGGCCCUCCGGUCAGGGGCCGCGGAGUCCCUCCUGGUGGAGCACACAGGGGGAGGGGAAUGCCUCCUCGCGGUGCUCCUGCCAGGGGAGGUGUGGCUCGAGGCGGCCCAGCCAGAGGUGGUGCCGUGAGAGGCGUCCCAGCAGGCCGAGGAGGACCCCCAGCAGCGCCCGCCAGGGGAGCCUCAGCACCGCGCGCCAGGCCCCCAGCCGCCGGACCCCCCCAGAGGAUGGCGCAUCCACCCCCCCACCAGCACACCCCUGCUGCAGCUGCUGAGAGCUACGAGGAAUAUGGCUACGAUGAGAGCUACACAGACACGGCCUACGAGUCAUACGACAGCUAUUACAGUCAGCCGCAGGCAGAGCCAGAGUACUACGACUACGGACAUGGAGAGACCACAGAGUCAUAUGAGUCAUAUGGCCAGGAUGACUGGAACGGGACCCAGCGACCAGCCGCAGGGAAGGCCCCUCCCCCCUCCAGAGGUGCCAAGACGCCUUACCGGGAGCACCCAUACCGACAGUACUGAAGCGGACUCACCACCCUUAACGUGUCGCCCUGACUACCGCCUGUCUACCACGGCAGCUCUCGCUUUAAGCAGCCCGACAAAAGUAAUUGUCCGUUUUGUCUUUGGUUUGGUCUUUUCCUUCACUGGACUUUAUACGAGAGAGCAAAUUGGGAACUGAAAAUCGGAACUGGUUUUUGAGAUUUGACCGCAAACCCCCUCCCCCGACCCCCUACUCUGUCGCACCAACCAACCAACCACCUAACCAACCAGCCACCAACCCCCAAUUAGACGGGUUAGCGAUGAGAAGUUGGCGUCCUUCUUUUGUUCUUUUUCAUUUGAAUUUUAAUUUAUUUUGCUGUAUUUUUUUCUCUGACCCUUUUUACCCCCCUCUGGCUUUUUUUGCAUUGUUGAUCUUUAAUUUUUUUUACUGUUUGGGAGUAGUCAUUUCUAGUGGAAUUAGUGGCUCAUUACCCACUUGUCUAAGGAAUCCAUUUUAAUUGUUUUUAAAUACAAAGAAUCUGUCGAGGGUCAGUUGCAGAUUCCCAUUUAGGCUACAUUUCAAAAUUCUGUUAAUAUAGCCAAAUAAAAGACCUUUUAAACUUUCAAUUAUGUAAUAUAGAAACAAAAAAACAAUCUUAAAUUAAGUGAAGGUUAAAGAAUCAAUGUUAAUGGAAUCAGUGCAAUUCAUUCUUGAUGAUGGUUUGUUUUUAAAUAGUUCUAAAACGUUGUCCAUUUAGACUUAGGCAGCAAUAUUUGUCAUUGUACUUAGAGUUUUGAAAUAUAGCCCUAAUAGACACUGUUGAGAUGGACUGUCCUCAUAUCCUCAAUUUGUUAUACAUGUUAAAAAUUAAUUUUAAGACUCUGAAGACAAAAUGUUUGUUUAAUGAGCACACGGCCGAGAGACGGCCUCGUGUUAUGCUAACGACAGUUCAGGUCUUCAUUUUGUGAUCUGAUUCUCUAUAAACUGCAUGCACAAAGUACACAAAGAAGGAUUGGGACAAAAAUCUCCACAUGGGUCUUCUCUUUCUACAGAGAAGGGAUCCUGCAGCUCAAUCCGAACUCUUGUACAUAUUUUAAAACAUCCUAACUGUACUUAUUCUGCCACUAGUAUCUGUACCCUCUCCAUAAAAUGCAUUAUGCUACAUGUGUAAGCUUGCCUAAAUAGGUUACUAAAUCUGUCCAAAAGAUGUUUUGCAGCAGUUUGUCAAUAAAGCUUAGUUUGUUUUUUAUGAAACUUAACUUGCUUUAUUUGUUUCCUGUCCUAGUAAAAUUCUGAAAUGGCCUUUUUUAAACAACCUUCAGCAGUCAGAUGUAGGUGUUUUCCUUUGUUUCUCAUUCAAAAGCGCAUUUUAAAUCUAAAUGAAUGUAUUGACGUCUGAAGACUUUAACCCUACUAAAUGAUGUCUUGAUUGAUUAUCAAAAGAGCACAACUUAUUCUUUCUCUCUCUUUCUAUACUUUUUAAAAAGGACCCAGAGGUAAGACCUCUAAAAUAACCUGGAUAGCUUCCUAAUGUGUAUAGAGUUCUAAAGCAUUGAAUGCCUGGGUAUGUAUAAGACUUUUUCAAUCCUCUUACCUGUGGUCGUAAUCGUUAAUGAGAAUUGCUUUCAUAGCAUCUGAAAAUUAACUGAAUUCAAACCACCAUUCAGGUCUAGGCUUCAUUGUCAUGAAUGACGCUGGCGCGAUGGCUACUUUAGUACAGAGUAAUGGCAGUGCAAUGGAGAGGAUGGUUAUAACCUAGAGAACUCCACUGUAAAGGUAACCUAACCCUAAAUGUUUAAUUUCGUAGUGUGUUUAUCCAUUGACAUAAACUUGCUGGUAAAUGCGUACAGUUUCUUAAAAUAUCAUUACAGUCAUGGCAACAAAAAAGAAUCACCUCAAAAGUAAGACAAACGUAACUUCCAAUAUCAUACAGUAGUGGAUUUUAUGUACCAAAAUAACUGUUCUGUGUACUAACAAAAUCUAUUAGAAUAGUGUUAAUGCAACUCUUGCUAAAAUGAACAAAGCCAAAUCUGUGUCAAUAUCUUCUGUACAGUUGAGCUGCUGUUACUUUUUUUAUUUGCUGUGUAAAGGUUGCUUACUGUAAUAUUUAAAAUGUUCUGCCUGUACAAAGUUAUCCAAAAAAAGAAAGCUUGAGUUGCAUGAGCAUAUCUUCUCCUGUAGACAUUGCAUGAUCUGUCUCAAGUUUCUCCCAGUGUUUUUAGACAGGGUAUUGAUUUGGGCUUUGUC